UUACUCAUUUCUCCUUUUAUUAGAUGGGAUCUCUAUUCCUCCGUUAACAUUCCUUUACAUUUUCUGUUCCCUCUCUUCUACUAGUCUUCUUUUUAGAUCUCCUCCACUGAUUUCUAGGGUUCCAUCGGCGCUCUAGAUCUCGCUGCGACUGGAAUAACCACUGGAUUGGUGUCGACUUUCUCUCAAAUCGGCGGUUCGAUUCCAAUCGCAGAUCUGAUUCGCCGAUUCUGAGCUCUCUAUCUCUUGCUCACCAUGGCUGCCGCUAACGCCCCGAUCACUAUGAAGGAAGUCUUAACUUUGCCGAGCAUUGGGAUCAAUCCCCAGUUCAUCACAUUUACAAAUGUCACAAUGGAGUCGGACAAGUAUAUAUGUGUACGGGAAACUGCUCCGCAGAAUAGUGUUGUGAUUGUGGAUAUGAAUAUGCCAAUGCAGCCAUUGAGGCGGCCUAUAACUGCAGACUCGGCUCUCAUGAAUCCAAAUUCUAGAAUCCUUGCCUUGAAAGCCCAACUCCCAGGAGCUACUCAGGAUCACCUCCAGAUAUUUAACAUUGAAAUGAAAGCAAAAAUGAAAUCUCAUCAGAUGCCAGAGCAGGUUGUCUUUUGGAAGUGGAUAACCACAAAGAUGUUAGGCUUGGUCACACAGACCUCAGUUUACCAUUGGUCAAUUGAAGGUGAUUCUGAACCUGUCAAGAUGUUCGACAGAACAGCUAAUUUGGUGAACAAUCAGAUAAUUAACUACAGAUGCGACCCUUCUGAGAAGUGGUUGGUUCUUAUUGGCAUAGCUCCUGGUUCACCUGAGAGGCAACAAUUGGUUAAGGGGAACAUGCAACUUUUCUCUGUGGAUCAGCAGCGGAGUCAAGCUCUUGAAGCUCAUGCUGCAUCAUUUGCCCAAUUUAAGGUUCCAGGAAAUGAGAAUCCUUCCAUUCUCAUUUCUUUUGCUACAAAAACUUUUAAUGCUGGGCAGAUCACGUCGAAGUUGCAUGUCAUUGAGCUUGGUGCUCAACCAGGGAAGCCAUCAUUUACGAAGAAACAGGCUGAUCUUUUCUUUCCUCCCGACUUUGCUGAUGACUUUCCUGUUGCAAUGCAGAUAUCCCACAAAUACAGUUUGAUUUAUGUGAUCACCAAGCUUGGGCUGCUAUUUGUUUAUGACUUGGAGACAGCUACUGCUGUAUACAGAAAUAGAAUCAGUCCGGAUCCAAUAUUUUUGACAGCUGAAGCUUCAACGGUGGGGGGGUUUUAUGCCAUAAAUAGGCGGGGCCAGGUGUUGCUAGCUACUGUGAACGAAGCAACACUCGUGCCAUUUGUUAGCGGCCAAUUGAAUAAUUUGGAGCUUGCUGUUAAUCUUGCCAAAAGAGGAAACCUUCCUGGUGCAGAGAAUUUGGUUGUCCAGCGUUUCCAGGAGCUGUUUGCUCAAACAAAGUAUAAAGAGGCAGCUGAGCUUGCUGCCGAGUCGCCACAAGGAAUUCUUCGAACACCUGAUACCGUUGCUAAGUUUCAGAGUGUUCCUGUGCAAGCCGGGCAAACACCUCCUUUACUGCAGUACUUUGGGACACUUCUAACUAGAGGAAAGCUUAAUGCAUUUGAGUCUUUGGAAUUAUCACGACUUGUUGUCAAUCAAAAUAAGAAGAAUCUUUUAGAGAAUUGGUUGGCGGAGGACAAGUUGGAAUGUAGUGAAGAACUUGGAGACCUUGUGAAGACCGUGGAUAAUGACCUUGCACUGAAAAUAUAUAUCAAAGCUAGAGCUACUCCAAAAGUUGUUGCGGCUUUUGCUGAGAGGAGGGAGUUUGACAAAAUUUUGAUUUACUCGAAGCAGGUUGGGUAUACUCCUGACUAUUUGUUCCUUCUGCAAACAAUUCUCCGUUCAGAUCCUCAGGGAGCACUGAAUUUUGCUUUGAUGAUGUCCCAAAUGGAGGGAGGUUGUCCUGUUGAUUACAAUACCAUCACUGAUCUGUUUCUUCAGAGAAACCUGAUUCGUGAGGCAACAGCUUUUCUGUUGGAUGUUUUGAAGCCAAAUCUACCAGAACAUGGUUAUCUGCAAACAAAGGUCCUUGAAAUCAAUUUGGUAACAUUUCCUAAUGUAGCUGAUGCUAUUCUAGCCAAUGGAAUGUUCAGCCACUAUGAUCGCCCUCGAAUUGCUCAACUUUGUGAAAAAGCCGGUCUAUACAUCCGAGCCCUGCAACAUUAUUCAGAGUUGCCAGAUAUUAAACGUGUCAUUGUUAAUACCCAUGCAAUAGAGCCUCAGGCACUUGUGGAGUUUUUUGGUACCCUAUCACGAGAAUGGGCUUUGGAGUGCAUGAAGGAUCUGUUGCUGGUGAAUCUAAGAGGCAACCUUCAGAUAAUUGUGCAGACUGCCAAGGAGUAUUGUGAGCAGUUGGGUAUUGAUGCGUGCAUAAAACUUUUUGAGCAAUUCAAGUCCUAUGAAGGGCUGUACUUUUUCCUUGGGUCGUAUUUGAGUUCCAGUGAGGAUCCUGAUAUACACUUCAAGUACAUUGAGGCAGCUGCUAAAACUGGACAAAUAAAGGAGGUUGAGCGUGUUACUAGAGAAUCAAAUUUUUAUGAUGCUGAAAAGACAAAAAACUUUCUGAUGGAGGCCAAACUUCCAGAUGCUAGGCCGCUGAUUAAUGUUUGUGAUCGUUUUGGUUUUGUGGCUGAUCUCACACACUACCUCUACUCAAAUAAUAUGCUUCGCUAUAUUGAAGGUUAUGUUCAGAAGGUGAACCCAGGUAAUGCACCUUUGGUUGUGGGGCAGUUGCUGGAUGAUGAGUGUCCUGAAGACUUCAUUAAGGGCCUGAUUCUUUCUGUCCGUUCUUUGCUUCCUGUUGAGCCCCUUGUGGAAGAAUGUGAGAAGAGAAACCGACUUCGUUUGCUCACUCAGUUUUUGGAGCAUCUUGUGAGUGAGGGAAGCCAAGACGUACAUGUCCACAAUGCUCUGGGUAAAAUUAUUAUUGAUAGCAAUAACAAUCCAGAGCACUUCCUCACAACCAACCCUUACUAUGAUUCCCGGGUAGUUGGUAAGUAUUGUGAGAAACGUGAUCCCACCCUGGCUGUUGUGGCUUACCGGAGAGGACAAUGUGAUGAUGAACUUAUCAAUGUAACAAAUAAGAACUCUUUGUUCAAAUUGCAAGCCAGAUAUGUGGUUGAAAGGAUGGAUGCUGAUCUUUGGGAGAAGGUUCUUAAUCCUGAGAAUGAAUACAGAAGACAGCUCAUUGAUCAAGUUGUAUCUACUGCUUUGCCUGAAAGCAAGAGCCCUGAACAAGUUUCUGCAGCAGUUAAGGCUUUCAUGACUGCUGAUCUACCCCAUGAGUUAAUUGAGCUUCUUGAAAAGAUUGUGCUCCAAAACUCUGCAUUCAGUGGAAAUUUCAACCUGCAGAAUCUACUUAUCUUGACCGCCAUCAAGGCAGAUCCAUCUAGAGUUAUGGAUUACAUUAACAGAUUAGAUAAUUUUGAUGGACCUGCUGUUGGAGAAGUGGCUGUAGAAGCGCAGCUAUAUGAGGAAGCAUUUGCAAUUUUCAAGAAGUUCAACUUAAAUGUUCAGGCUGUAAAUGUCUUAUUGGACAAUAUUCGAAGCAUUGAUCGUGCAGUGGAGUUUGCAUUCCGUGUUGAAGAAGAUGCUGUUUGGAGCCAGGUGGCAAGGGCUCAACUCAGGGAGGGGCUGGUGAGUGAUGCUAUUGAGUCAUUUAUUCGUGCAGAUGAUGCUACUCAAUUCCUGGAGGUCAUUCGUGCUGCUGAGGAUGCAAAUGUCUAUCAUGACUUGGUGAGGUACCUCCUGAUGGUUAGGCAGAAGUCAAAAGAGCCGAAGGUGGACAGUGAGCUUAUCUUUGCAUAUGCAAAGAUUGAUAGGCUGAGUGACAUCGAGGAAUUCAUUCUCAUGCCAAAUGUUGCUAAUCUCCAAAAUGUGGGUGAUCGUUUGUUUGAUGAAGCUCUAUAUGAGGCUGCAAAGAUAAUAUUUGCAUUUAUAUCAAACUGGGGCAAGUUGGCUAGCACACUUGUGAAGCUGCAACAGUUCCAAGGUGCUGUUGAUGCAGCACGAAAAGCCAACAGUGCGAAGACCUGGAAGGAAGUUUGCUUUGCUUGUGUUGAUGCUGAGGAGUUCCGUUUGGCUCAGAUCUGCGGUCUCAACAUUAUUAUUCAGGUGGAUGAUUUGGAAGAGGUCAGUGAAUAUUACCAAAACAGAGGAUACUUCAAUGAACUAAUCUCUCUUAUGGAGAGUGGUUUAGGGUUAGAACGUGCGCACAUGGGCAUUUUCACAGAGUUGGGAGUAUUGUAUGCAAGAUAUCGUCCUGAGAAGCUUAUGGAACAUAUUAAAUUGUUCUCGACCCGUCUCAAUAUUCCCAAGCUCAUACGAGCUUGUGAUGAACAGCAGCAUUGGAUGGAACUUACCUAUUUGUAUAUCCAAUACGAUGAAUUUGAUAAUGCUGCAACUACCAUAAUGAACCAUUCACCUGAGGCAUGGGAUCACAUGCAAUUUAAAGAUGUUGCAGUCAAGGUUGCUAAUGUGGAGCUAUAUUAUAAGGCAGUCCAUUUCUACUUGCAAGAGCACCCUGAUCUUAUCAAUGAUCUUCUCAAUGUGCUGGCACUACGUGUGGACCAUACUCGUGUUGUUGACAUUAUGCGGAAGGCAGGACACCUUCUUCUGGUGAAGCCAUAUAUGGUUGCUGUUCAGAGCAAUAAUGUGUCUGCUGUCAACGAGGCUUUGAAUCAAAUCUAUGUAGAGGAGGAAGACUAUGAAAGAUUGCGUGAAUCAAUUGAUAUGCAUGACAACUUUGAUCAGAUUGGCCUUGCUCAGAAGAUUGAGAAACAUGAACUUCUUGAAAUGAGACGUGUUGCUGCAUACAUCUACAAGAAGGCAGGAAGGUGGAAGCAGUCCAUCGCAUUGUCAAAGAAAGACAACCUGUACAAAGAUGCUAUGGAGACAGCAUCGCAAUCUGGAGACCGUGAACUUGCAGAGGAGUUACUUGUUUAUUUCAUUGAACAGGGAAAGAAAGAAUGUUUUGCAUCAUGCCUCUUUGUUUGUUAUGAUUUGAUACGGGCAGAUGUUGCUCUUGAACUUGCCUGGAUGAAUAAUAUGGUUGACUUUGCCUUCCCGUACCUGCUGCAGUUUAUCCGUGAGUACACUGGCAAAGUUGAUGAACUUGUUAAGGACAAAAUUGAGGCUCAGAUUGAGGUCAAGGCUAAAGAGCAGGAAGAAAAAGAAGUUAUUGCUCAGCAGAACAUGUAUGCCCAGUUGCUUCCUCUUGCAUUGCCCGCACCUCCAAUGCCAGGCAUGGGUGGAGGUUUUGCGCCGCCACCACCAAUGGGUGGAAUGGGAAUGCCUCCAAUGCCACCAUUUGGAAUGCCACCGAUGGGUAGCUAUUGACGUGCAGGUGACCCCUUUUUGGUAGAAUUUAGCUGUGAAUCCAAGUUGCUUAUAAUGGACAUGCAAGUUCGGGCUUACCAUCUGGUGGUGUUUACUGGUGAUUUGGUGCCUUAAUUCCUUUUUGUGUUUGUUUUGGUGGGAUGAAGGUCUAGCUGAAAUAAUUGUCAAUUUUAAUUUUGAUCUUUAGGUGUGUGGAUAAGUGUUGUAAUAUUCUUUUGAUAGGGAGUCAUUUUUUGGCUGCUGUUAGUGGGCUAGCCGAGGAUUUCCUGUGUCUGUAUUUUUUUUUUCCUUGCAGUCUAGGAACUGGCAAGAGUAUAGUACGAAAUAUUUAAUACCGAUAUCUUUAAUGCCGUUUGCUUUAAUGAAACCAUAAACCCUCUGCUUUUAUGAUUUUUAA